AGGAAUGGCUGAAACUUGCACACAUUUAAUGAGGUGAACGGUUCAAAGACAAAAAGUCGAAGACCUAAGAGAAGACUUGGACAAUUUGGACACAUUUAAAGCAGCCCAUUAACCACACAUAUUUUAGAAAAAGAUAAACCGAGUUUUCUUAGCAAAGUUGUACGAAAUUUCUGCUGACUUGCUAAUUUCCCAUUUUCUUUAUACAUCAUAAAAAAUGCUUCACAUAUUGAAUCUUGUGCUCUGAAUCACUUUCCUCUUUCUACAGAGGGAGAUUUAUGAUGCUCGUUGUUACCUUCUUGGCGUAACUUUAAUGCUUAUUUUUCCACUGUAAUCAAUAUCUUGAAGAAAUAUCGCCAUUUCAAUCCAGAUGAGGUAGAACUGAAAAGGUUAAUUGAAGAGAAUUCUGAUAUAGAACCUUAUGCAGAGACUUACGAAUGGAGAAGUUAGCCCAAUUUCUUGAACCAGAAAAACUAAACCAAGUUCUUGAACUUAAAAAAAAGAUUUGGGAUGAAAUUGGCAAAUUAUACAAUUAUCAUAGCAGCGCUGGUGACCAUGUGAAUAAGCUCAAGAGAAAAUGGGGAGAACUAGAAUGUCAGAAGACGGACGUAGAAGAAAAAAUGAAUUCUGAACUUUUUCCAGGAAAGAGACCAAAGAGAGAAGUUCAACUUUGGCUCCAAGAGGUAGAAACAAUUAACGGGGAGAUACAAACUAUUGAAGAAGAAGGUAGCAGAGGGAUCUGGAAGUAUUUCCCACGUAUGCAUAUGGGAAAACUUGCAUGCCAGAAGAUACAAGAGGUGGAAGAACUUCAUCAAAGAGGUGGUUGUUUUAGAGAUAGUUUGGUAGUUGAUCAACCUGUAAGCCAUAGAGAAGAAUUGCCGACUACAACAUUAGUAGGAGAAAGAACAACCAAAAGAACAAUUGAAAGGGUUCGAGAACACUUAUUGGAUGAAAAUUUUAGGAGGAUUGCUGUUUAUGGCAUGGGAGGCAUUGGUAAAACGACAGUCAUGAAACAAAUCAAUAAUGAUCUAUCAAAAGAGAGAGACAAGUUUGAUAAUAUAAUUUGGGUUACUGUAUCAAAGCCAUCAAGUGUUUUCAAACUACAACAUGACAUUGCAUGCAAGUUGAAACUAGAUCUCACAAACUUUGGGGAUGAAACUACAAGGGCAGGCAAGCUGAACAAUGAAUUGAAAAAUUGGAAGAGGUAUGUGUUAAUCCUAGAUGAUGUGUGGGAAGCAUUUCCUCUUGAGGAUGUAGGGAUCCCAGAGCCCACUCCAACAAAUGGAUGCAGAUUACUAUUGACAACUCGAAGUUUGGAAGUUUGUAAUCGUAUGGAUUGUGUGAAUAUUAAAAUGGAGCUUCUUUCAAAAGAAGAUUCGUGGGAUUUGUUUUUGGAUAAAGUGGGUCGUGAUGUUUUGAAUACUCGAGAUAUAGAACCAAUUGUGAAGAAGGUUGUCAAAGAAUGUGCUUGUUUACCUCUUGCAAUCGUCACAAUAGCAGGAAGCUUAAAAAAUGUAAUUGACGUUUCAGAAUGGAGGAAUGCAUUGAAUGAGUUGAGGACACCAAAAAAGGGGCCCAAAAAUGUAGAUGCUGUUGCAAUAUUUGAGAGGCUUCGAUUUAGUUACGAACGCUUAAAAGAUGAGGACCUUCAACAUUGUCUGUUGUAUUGUGCACUAUUUCCUGAAGACCAUGAGUUUGAAAGAGAUAGAUUGAUUGAGGAUUUAAUUGAUGAGGGAAUAAUAGAACGGAUGGAGAGCAGGCAAGCAGAGUUUGAUAGGGGCCAUACUAUGUUGAAUAAACUUGAAAGGGCUUGCUUAUUAGAAACUGGGAUUAACCGUGAUGUGAAACUGCAUGAUCUAAUAAGAGACAUGGCCCUCGAGAUUGCAGGUCCUAAGUUCAUGGGAGCAGCUGGCGAUAGAGUGAUAGAUUUUAUGCCGCAUGAAGAAAGAUGGGGAAAGGAUCUUGAAAAAGUUUGUUUGAUGGGCCGGGGGUAUAGGCUAGACUUUCCUAAUAUAUCACCAAGGUGUCCUAAACUUUCAACCUUGCUUCUACACAAUAAUUUUUUUGGUGGAAUCAUUGCAAAUUCUUUUUUUGUGCAUUUGCGUGGACUCAAAGUUCUUCAUAUACGUCACAGUGAGAUUACAUCUUUGCCGAAUUCAAUCUCUGAUCUGGAGAAUCUUGCUACAUUAAGGCUUAUUUCUUGUUUCUCUUUAUCUCAUAUUCCUUCAUUAGCAAAGCUUAUGGCAUUAAGGAAGUUGGAUCUUGGAGGGUCAAAUUGUAUAGAAGAAAUACCUCAUGGUUUGGAAAUGUUGGUCAAUUUGAGAUACCUCAAUCUCGAAGGAACCAAAAUACCGGAGAUUCCAUCGGGGAUUUUAUCCAAACUUUCUCAACUCCAAGUUCUCAAAUUUAAUCGUGGGAAAUUGAAUGUAGAGGAGAUAGUAAGCUCGAAAUUAGAGUGUUUUAAAGGAGCAUUUUAUGGUGUUGAUGACUUCAAUAAAUACGUGGGAUCCUUGAGGGAGGGACGACUUAGCCAGUACCAAUUUUUAGUGACGGCCGGAGUAGACGAAUGUGAAUUUUGGGAAAGUGAGGGCAAAUGUGUAAUGUUAUACAAUUGCGAUGUAAGUCUGCUCCCAAAAGACGCUCAAACCCUAACGAUUCACAAAUGUGACAAUUUUGGAAAAUUGAAUGUAGAGGAGAUAGUAAGCUUGAAAUUAGAGUGUUUUAAAGGAGCAUUUUAUGGUGUUGAUGACUUUAAUAAAUACGUGGGAUCCCUGAGGGAGGGACGACUUAGCCAUUACCAAUUUAUGGUGAGAGAAAUGACGGCCAAAAUAGACGAUUGUGUAGUUUGGGAAAGUGCGGCCGGCAAAUGUGUACUUCUAUCCAAAAUAGACGAUCGUGUAAGUCUGCUCCCAAAAGACGCUCAAACCCUAGUUAUUUUCAAUUGUGACAAUUUAAGAAGUUCAUCUGAUGCUCCAUAUUUGGAAUGCGCAAGAGAACUGAAGUCUAUUUCUAUUGUGCGGUGUGAAGAAAUAGAAGACGUUCUUUCUUAUUCUUACACCUUCCCUCUUCAAAGCCUUGAUCUCCGUUAUUUGGGUAAGUUACAAGUGCUGUUUAGGGAAGAGAAAGUUGCAUCACCACUACCACUAGACAUCCCACCUGGCACCUUUUCCUGUCUCAAACAAUUUAUAAUUGCCAGGUGUCCGAAUAUAAAGAAGCUCUUCACGCCUGGCUUGCUGCAAAACCUGGCCAACCUGGAAGAGAUUGUAGUAGGCUACUGUGAGAGAUUAGAGGAAAUAAUAGGUGCGGCAUCGGAUGAAGUUGAAGAAGAAAUAGAGGACACCACCAUAUUCCCCCGAUUGAGGGAGUUGGUAUUAUAUGACAUGCCGAGACUGGAGACCAUCUGCAGUAGCAGUAAUGCAAUAGUUUGUGAUUCUCUCCAAAAUAUUAAGAUAGUAAAGUGUCCAAAGCUUAAGAGAUUACCUCUUUCUCUGCGGGAUGAACAACUAUCUUCUCCACCUUCUUCAUUAGAGAUUAUAACAGAGAAAGAAUGGUGGGAGUUGCUGGAAUGGGACAAUCAUGUUACUAAGAAUGCCCUUGAACCCCUCCGUGUGGAUCCUGAUGACGAUGAGAGCUCAACGGACGGAUCAGAUUCAGACGAAGAGCCACUUAGCAGUGAGAUCUCUAUGGACGGAUCAGAUUCACACGAAGAGCCACUUAGCAAUCAGCAAUGAAAUCUCGUACUCGAUCAAUGUACGGGGCAGAUUUACAUGACUUUUCCUUUGAUGUCACCAAGUCGAGGCAGCUUGUGAAAUAAUUUUGCUGUGUAGGCCCGCAACAAGAACUUGACUCUCAAGCUGUUUUUCUGUGUGAUUCUUGUUUUAUUGGUUGUUAAUUUCUUUUUAUUUGAACUUUUUUGGGUUAUGAUUUAUGAACACGAGUUCGUCUUUUAGACUAAGUGGUGUGAUCUUCUGUAAUAUUUGAUACUCCAUGUUAAAUUGUUUGGUAAUUGUGCAAGGAUUCAAACAUUGUCUGUUUCUGUUUUA